AUGCAGAAUAACAUGAAGAAAGACGUCCUUACUGUUGCGACUGUUUCAGCUGUAACUACUACUGAGGUGACGACUGCCACUGCCGCCCUCCCUCAAGCGACUUCUAGCAGUACUGCAGCCGUGUCAGAGACCGCAGCGUCCGUGGUACAGACAGGAAAACCGGUUUUCACCAGACCGACAAUACCUUCGGUCGUGGAUGGAGCAGGAGAAUCCUUCGCCAUGUUGGAGUGUACAGGGGAGUACAUGCAGAUUGUGUUCCACCGCGCACAUAUUCCAGACUUCGAUAAGGACCACCUGCACCUCAUAGACCCAUCAUGCACUGCGACCGGAAACGCCACACACCUCAUUCUGACUGCAGCGUUUGACGGAUGUGGAACUGUCAAGAGGGUCACAGAGUCAGAGGUAAUCUACUUCAACAAGGUUCUCAGCCAUGACAACGACGGCAUCGCCUUCAUCACCCGCAUCCGGGAACUUGAGGUGCCGUUCGAAUGCCGCAUGGACUCACGGGAUACUGUGAGCGCCAUGUUCAGUCCACAGAUUGAGAAGAUCUACUUCUUCAGGUCGGCUCAUGGGAAGUACAACUUCGACAUGCAACUGUUUCAGUCUGUUACCUUCCUGCAGGAAAUAGACACUUUCCCGUACGUGGUACAGCUGAACCAGCCGCUGUACGUGCAGGUGGAGGUUCUGACUCCUGAUCACGAUCUCCAGCUGUUCACAGAACACUGCAUGGCGACUCCGACAGCGAACAUACUGGACCCGAUGUCCUACACCUUCAUCAGUAACGGAUGUCCGGUGGACAGCACUUUUCUGUCACUGUUCUCGAGCAGUCUGAAACAACAGCGCUUCAGUAUCAACUCAUUCGCUUUCGUCAAGGACUAUCCUGAGGUGUACCUGCACUGCACGGUGAUGGUGUGUAACGCCACGGACCUGACCUCCCGCUGCGCGCAGGGCUGUCUGCCGGCUUCAGCCAGACACAGGAGAACUCCCCCUGGCGACGAGCCGCGGUAUAACGUCUACAAGGGCCCCAUUCUGUACCCAGGGUACAAGCGUCCUGCUGACAUAGAUCUUGCAGCAGAUGAGAAUCGUGGAGCUCACGUUUCCCGCAGCGUCAUGACGUCACUGGUUAUCGCUGUGGGGCUGCUGCUGUGCGCUGUCAUCACGCUAGGGGGCGUCAUCGCCUACAUGCGCACGCGCGCAGCCAACAAGAAGAUCUACGUGGCUCUGCCCACAGAUGACCUUGAGUAAAUGACCACGCUUUGUAUUGAGUCUUUUUUGCGCUCUGAUAGCUUUGUGAGUGUGCGUUGUUAUUAGAUUAGAUUAGUAGUCCAGAUAAAAUGUUUUUCAGCUUUUUUAGUCAAGCCACAUUGACUUAAUUUUAUGGAUGACAUCCGAUAUCCUCUGAAGACCUCCAAACUAGUGCGUGCAGGUGAAAAAAAAUUCGGGCA